AUGAAAGUCAAAAUAAAGCAAGUGCACAGCGUGUUUGCUUGGUCGUGGCACAUUCCGCGUAUCUCCGAUGAAAAUGAGUCUAAUGGAGUUACAAAUGAAAAUGAUGAGGAUGAAGAUGUUUGUGGUAUAUGUCGUGCCAGUUACAACGGUACAUGCCCAAGCUGUAAAUUUCCAGGCGACCAGUGCCCUUUAGUGAUUGGGGUAUGCAACCACAACUUCCAUGACCACUGUAUAUAUCGAUGGCUAGACACCUCAAAUUCUAAAGGACUGUGUCCGAUGUGUAGACAAGUGUUCCAGCUGCAAAAAGGUUUAGCAAUCAACGAUGCGCAUAUCAGAAAAUUCGUUGAGGUAGUUUCAAGAAGAAGAGAAGAGAUGAUAGAAGAGGGCGUGGCGGAAGAUUUUGUGGACUUCGAUGAACCGAUACGGCAAAAUACAGAUAGCGCAAUAGACAGACAACAAGUUGAUACUGUCCUGGAUGAAGACUUUUUGUUACGGUAA